AUGGCAUCAGCACCCGACUACGUGUUCACGCGCGACUAUCUCGACAACAACAGGAUAAAUUUGCAGCAUCAUAUCUGGGUUUCCAUCUUCGGCUAUCAUACCCACCCAAGUAUACCAACUGACGACGCGAAGCUCAAGAUAGCGGACGUGGGCACUGGCACAGGAACCUGGCUUACUGACCUCAGCUCGCGUUUGCCCUCGACCGUUGAGCUUGAUGGCUUGGACAUCUCGUUCCAUGCCACGCCCCCCGUGGAGUGGUUGCCUCCGAAUAUAACUCUUCGCCACUGGAACAUCAAGGACGAGGUCCCCGAGGAGUUGGUGGGGUACUACGACAUUGUGCACAUACGCAAUUUUCUAUUUGUACUCCUUGACAGCGAGACCCCCCAGGUUCUGAAUAAUCUAGUCAGGCUCAUCAAGCCUGGUGGUUACCUGCAGUGGGGGGAGCCAGAUAUGCUCUCCUGGCGCAUCGACACCACCCAAGCUGGGAAUUCCAUAUCGGCCCUGAAACAGCUAAUGCAGCUCUCCCAGCCACAGGACCAACGCUUGAGCCCAACUUGGGUGCCGCAGCUGCCCAAGCUCUUUGGGGAGGCGGGGCUCGUCGUGGUUGAGACCGACGUCAAGGAGGCAGCGCCCGCCAUGGCACUUCAGAUGCACGAGUGUGCGUUGAUGAUUCACGAGCUGGUCGCUCGAAAGUCUGACAACGCCCGUGUUGCGCAGCAGUUGCAAGAACUCAUGCCAAAAGUCGCCGAAGAGACUCGGGCCGGGGCAUGCUGGGCUUUCACAAGAUGGACAGUGGUCGGCAGGAAGCCAGAGAGGUCGUGA